GCUUUCCUGGCCCCGGCGGGAGGGUGCGGGGGGGCGCUCCCGGCAGAUCUACGCGCUGCUUGGGGCGGAGGCGGCCUUUGCAGAAUGAAAUGACAUCGUGUGUCUUAUGAUCCUGGCCAGCCCUGCUGACCCCGCCUCCGAGAGCUGCGCUGGGUUGCGCGUCAGGGGUUUGGGUAAGAGCCGGGCUGAUUGGGUGUCUGCGAAAUGGCCUGCGGGUCGCUGGGGGCUGUCCCCGGGCCCCCCUAGCCCCACCGGACUUUAGCAGGUGUGGAAUGUGGCGUGUCUGCGCGUUCCAAACCCGCUCUAGACUGGAAUGUUGCGUGUGCCUGCGUUCCAAGCCCGUUGGUUACACCGGGUGGUGACGUGGACGGGCCCCGCCCCCGACCACGUGCACGGGGGACACUCCCGCUGGGGAUGGCGCGGCCCAGCCCCUCCUAGCAGCCUCGCGCUAGGCCGGGGGCGGGGCCUGGGCGGGGCCCGCUAGGGGCCCUGUGUCGGUUGGGCCCGGGUCCUGACCGCUGGGCAUCUCCCUGGGAGAGCGUUUGCCCUUGGAAGGAGGAGCUGCGCCGCUCUCUCCUUUUUCUCCCCAGCCUUCUUUUUUGAUCCCAAGGCGAAAGAAACCCUCAGACUGCAGGACAACAAGACACUUAGAGCUCAGGGCGCACAUCUUCCCACUAAGCCCCAAAACGUUCUCAUUAGGUCCUCCUCGCAACAUCCCCUCGCCAUACUCUGGAAUGAGCCAAACUGAGAAGGGGCAAACUUUGUCGUUCCCUCGAUAGAAAAGAUGAGGAUUUUAUGGUCCUAUCCUCACGCGCCCUUUAGUGGUGGUCUGUAGCUUCAGGGUGCUGCAGAAAUAAAGGCGAGGAGAAAGACCACUGCUUUCAGGAAUUCUGCGAGGGGCUCAGUCUGAGAACUGUGUGUGUGCAGUUCCCUGGGACUUCUGUGACCUCUCAGAACCCUUCGGCCCGGUUGGUUGUGGCGGAGAGAGUGCUUUGCCCUCCUUUCCUUUUUCUCUGCCUAUUGUUGCUUCAAUGAUGAGUCAUGCAGGAGGUAGUAGUGUGGUGUGUGUGUGUGUGUGUGUGUGUGUGUGUGCAAACGCGCGCGCGCACUUGCCUCCCUGCAGCUUGUGCUGCCGCUGCUGCUGUUUCAGUGGUGGGCAGGGGGAAUGGCAGCGGCCAUGGGGUGGAGGAGCUGCAGGUCCGUAGGCUCCGAGGGACCGACUAGCCUUUCAAGGUCAAGAGUCACUGGAAAUAUUCGACACACAGAUACUUGGACCUUGCAGAACUGAUGGGCUAGGACAUCUGCUCACAUGCCCCCUCCCCCUUGUCUUUGGGGUCCAGAGCAGGGUCAGGUAAUGGACAGUGCUAGUAGUGACCCAGAAUGUCCUAAGUGUGGUCCCAGGAGUGGGGGGAUGAUUGUGCCACCAUUAAUAUAUGCAAUUCAAGAGUGCCAACAUGUCCCCACUGUGUAUCAGGCACUGCUAGAGGUGAACCACAUUGACUCUACUAUCUCCCCGGGGAAGCUUCAUUUCACCCUUGCCUUACCUGCAGGAUGCCCAGCCAUUUGGGGAAAGGGAAAAGACUCCACUGUCAGCCCUCCCAUACUUGCCCAGUUAAAUCACUCCAGAGCUGAUCAUUAAAAUGGAAGAGGAUGAUGUAUGCAGCUCUUACAAAAGAAUGCUAAAAAGCAGAUUUUUCUGAGAUGUUGCAAAGGCCUGCUCCUCCCCCCCCAAGUAGUGAGAAAUAGGGGCAAGCCAAGUUUAGCUGCUGGGUCACAGCUUCUUGGUACUGGAUCAGGAGGACUUGGGGAUGGGUGAGUGCUGGAAAGCUAAAUCUACUCAAAGAACUCAUGUGUUUAUGAUCAAACAUUCAUUUUCUUCUUGAGGUUCUGUCCUCUGACCUGGAGUAGGAAGAGAGCGAGAAGAGGGUGAGAUGUGAACCUGAUGACCAGCUUUGAACAGAGAUCCUCUUGUCCGCUCCCCACUUUCAACCUCCAGGGCAGGUUUCCUGGCCUAGACCAGACAGUUUGUUCCCAUGAUGAACCUGAGGAUGUAUAUGCACAUGAGUCAAGUGUGAGAAAUGAGUGAGGAAAGGGCAAAGCCAUCCUGGUGCUCUUUAGUAGGGCCUGGCCUUGUCUUUCCCAGCAUUCAUGGAGGUGACUUGGACUGGAUUCUUCCCAGGAAGCUGACUGGAGUGUCUAGAAGUUGCUGACCAUAUCCUGUCUUGGGCCUGCCAUAUGUGCAAAGCUCUCUGGUAGCAUGUAUAUAAGGACAAUGGCUGAGCACAUUUGAGCCCACCCAGUUUGGAUCCACUUAGCACUAUGCCUACUGAGUCUCUGGGCCACAGUAGGUUGGGAAGGUGGCAGGCAGCACCAUGUGGGCUAGAACUGUCUCCUCUGUAUUACAUCAGAGGAUCACACUAAAUUCUUUGGGGGCAGUAUCUAGGUAGAGCCAAGGGAAUGUGCUUGAGUAUGCAUGUGCAUGAAUAAGGGGAGGGGGUUGUACUUGUGGGUAUAGCAGAACAUUCUUCUAAAGAGCCUAAACACAGAUUACUCCUGAAGGAGGUCCCAGAAACCAGUAGUGUACUGCUGGGUGGGAAAUGAAUUAGAACUGAGGAAAAAGGGUAGGAAGCUCUAAUGGGCUGCUCUGGCCUGGGGCAGCCCUAUUCUUCACUCUAGUCAAGAAAUAUGCUGGUCCAGGUGUGAUAGAGCUUUGCCAUUCUCCUGGGUCUUUCCUGGCACCUGUGAGGCACACCUGCUUGGCUCUGGGGGAUGCAGAGAGAAGGAAGGGGAAAAGGAAGUUGCUAUCUCCUAGGUAAGCUUUGGACUUGCUUUAAAAUAUGAAGUUUCAAGGGUAGCUCAGAGAUACAGCACUUGCCUUACAUGAGAAAGGCCCUGGGUUCCGUCAUCAGCACCUCAAAAAAAUAAUAUGCAUUUUCCACUCAAUCUGGGUUCCUAGGACACCUGUUCUUGGACCUUGGGGUGCUGUCCCUCCCAGUAGUAUCAGCUUGUCUCAAGGCUUAAGAAAGUUCUAUCAGUCAAAGGAGUGGAGGUGGUGUUAUGCCCAGAGCUUGAGGGCUUGUUUUGCAGGGAGCAUACUGGGGUGUCCCAGGCUGGGCCUAAGAGCAGUUCUGUGUCUGGAACUCUGCAGGUUUCCUUGCCAAUGUGGUUUGUAAGAAGCUGGACCACAGCAAGCUGGUUUUCUCUGGGGCAGUAACAUAAGCCAGUGCUGGCUGGGAGAGGCCAGGGAGAGCAAGGCCUUUCCUUAUUGGAGCAGGCCUGCCCCAGCCUGGCAGCUCUCCUUUCUGAAGGGCAGGAGAGAUAGGAAGAGGGCCAUGAACUGGCAGCCCUGAACUCUGACUGCUGGGAAACCAUGAGCACUUCCCUCUGAGCACUUCCUCUAUACUUCCUCCUUUGCUUCUUCCCCACCCUGGGAGGGGCUAGGACAGGCGUGGCUCACCCUGGAGUUGAUUGGCCAAAUGGCCCCGGAUCCUCAGGUUUUCUGGGACUCCUGAGCAAGCUGGACUUGGGGGGGGGUGCUUCCCUCCUCCCUAGGGAGGACUUAGCCCCCACCCUACAUCACAUGGGGUGGCUUGUGUGUUUGGGGCGUAUCCAGUGCUGUCAGCUGCCUUAGUCAGCACUGGGGGAAGGAGAGGGCUGAUUGUCCAGCCUCUCCCUGGCUUGGAGGUGGCCCAGCUCUGUAUCCAGGGAACUUAAUGGUGGGACCUGAGAGAGGACUGGACAGGGGGCAGAUAAGAGAGGGCUGUGGAUCAGGAGAGGACCUCUCCCCUUACCCUGGUCAGCCAGCUCUCUAGAAUCCUCACCUUCCUGCUGGGCUUCCAGCACAAAGGUCUGGGGACCUGCUAGACCAUCCUACCUACCUCUUUUUAGCUUGUGCUUCUGCUGCUAGGGACAGGGGGGAUUUGAGAGAAAUGAGUCCUAGCACAAGAAGGUGCAAGUGUUUUUGCUGAAUGGUCCCUGAGGAAAACAGAGGCCUUGACCUAGCCUGGGAGUUCUGGGCCAUUUCCUUGUGAGGUGAAGAUGAUAUCCCUGCUCUGUGACUUGGGGCUCUUGUGAGGAUGGAAGGAGAGGAGCAGGAGCGCCUUCGCUUGGAGCGGGAGCGGGAACAGGAGCAGAAGAAGGCCAGUAGCCUGGCCAGGCUGGCACAUGCCCUGCCUGUGGAGGAACCCCGCAUCGAGGCACCACCCCUCCCCCUAUCCCCACCAGCACCCCCACCAGCACCCCCACCACCACUUGCUACCCCCACCCCAUUGACUGUCAUUCCUAUUCCUGUAGUGACCAACUCCCCCCAGCCACUGCCCCCACCCCCACCGCUGCCUCCUGCAGCCCAGCCUCUGCCCCUGGUACCUCGUCAGCCAGCCCUGGUCAGCACCCCUGGACUCAGCAUUAAGGAGCCUGCCCCACUUCCUACCAGGCCACAGGUGCCCACCCCUGCUCCCCUCCUGCCAGACCCGAAGACCACUAUUGCACCCACUGGCAGCCCCAAGCCUUUGCAACCCCUCCCUACACCCAUCCUGACCAUAGCACCACACCCUGGAGUCCAGCCUCAGCUAGCCCCCCAACAGCCACCCCCACCUGCACUUGGGACCCUGAAGUUGGCACCAGCUGAAGAAGUCAAAUCCAGUGAACAGAAGAAGAGGCCUGGGGGGAUCGGAACCAGAGAAGUCCACAACAAAUUGGAGAAAAACAGGAGGGCCCAUCUGAAGGAAUGCUUUGAGACCCUGAAGCGCAACAUCCCUAACGUGGACGACAAGAAGACCUCGAAUCUGAGCGUGCUGCGAACCGCGCUGCGGUACAUCCAGUCCCUGAAGAGGAAGGAAAAGGAGUAUGAACACGAGAUGGAGCGACUGGCACGGGAAAAGAUUGCCACGCAACAGCGACUGGCAGAACUCAAGCACGAGCUGAGCCAGUGGAUGGAUGUGCUGGAGAUCGACCGUGUGCUCCGGCAGACAGGCCAGCCUGAGGACGACCAGGCCUCCACAUCAACAGCCUCUGAGGGUGAGGACAACAUAGACGAGGAUAUGGAGGAGGACCGGGCAGGCCUGGGCCCACCUAAAAUGAGCCAUCGUCCCCAGCCGGAGCUGCUGAAGUCCACCCUCCCACCCCCCAGCACUGCCUCCGCGCCUCUGCCUCCCCACCCUCACCCUCACCCCCACCCCCAUCCAGUGGCCCUGUCUCCUGCCCACCUCCCUGUGCAGCAGCAGCCGCCACAACAGAAGACCCCUCUGCCUGCCCCUCCUCCCCCACCGGCCACCCCUGCCCAGACACUGGUACCAGCCCCAGCCCAUCUGGUGGCCACUGCUGGGGGCGGCUCCACGGUCAUUGCCCACACGGCUACCACCCAUGCCUCAGUCAUCCAGACUGUGAACCAUGUUCUACAGGGGCCGGGCGGCAAGCACAUUGCCCACAUUGCCCCCUCUGCCCCCAGCCCUGCUGUGCAGCUGGCACCUGCCACACCUCCCAUUGGCCACAUCACAGUGCACCCUGCCACCCUCAACCAUGUGGCCCACCUCGGCUCCCAGCUGCCCUUGUACCCACAGCCUGUGGCAGUGAGCCAGCCAGUGGCAGUGAGCCACAUCGCCCACACCCUCUCGCACCAGCAAGUGAAUGGCACAGCCGGACUGGGGCCCCCAGCUACAGUCAUGGCAAAGCCAGCCGUGGGGGCCCAGGUGGUACACCACCCCCAGCUGGUGGGCCAGACAGUGCUCAACCCUGUGACCAUGGUCACCAUGCCCUCCUUCCCGGUCAGCACAUUAAAGCUGGCUUAAGGAUGAGGCCACUCAGGCCCCCCAGUGGGGGUGGGGGGGGGACAUGUCCCCCACUCUCCCACCCACCAGCUCCACACAUUCCAGCCAGGCCCACCCCACCCACACACCCCCAGGCCUCCUAGGGGAAGGGGGUGCAAAGACUCUGAGCCAAGGAAGGGAGGCCCCCCAUGGAGUUGGGUACAGGGCAGGGAGUUACCCCACUGCAUUGGGACUUGAUGACUGAUGAGGACACGCUAGUGGAUGUGACGCCCAUUGGGCCUAGUGCCAGUUCCAUUGCCACUCCUGCCUGUCCCCCAAGAUGAGCACGAUGUGACAUCGUGUUUUCUGGCUUCUCCCUACCCUGCCCACUUUGUACUGCUGCUGCUAUUGCUCUCUCUGGUGGGGUGGCUGAGCACCUGGGCCCUCACUCCCAGCCUCAGUGUUUUCCUCCCAGGCCUUUAGAGGGAAAUGGGGAAGCAGGACUGAAGCCACUUGGCCCAGAAAGCUGGGGACAGGUGGUGAGGGGUCCUAUUCUGAGUAUAGGUGUCAGAUCCUAGGCAGUGGCUGGUCUGGAAUUGUGCCUGAACAUGUGGGUGCCCUGGCCUGGAGCUCUUUGAUGUGGUUGGGGUCACUAUGAUUUGUUACAGUAGAAACUAUUUAAAACGAUUUUCUACCAACAAUAAACAAAACCCAAGCUGUUGCCAAGCUUUUCAACCCCUGCCACUGGGCUCUUAGCCUCUGGAGGACAGGCUGAGGUUUGGCUGGAGAAGGUGGGGCUUCUCUUUCCUGCCGUCUUCCCUUAUCCUUGCAGCCUCCCAGGCCUGGCCUGAGAGGAGAGCUACUCUGGCCCUCUAUCCCCAUCCUUGGUUUGACCUUUGACUUCAGAAAGCAGCCCAAGGUACUGUCUACCAUUCACUCCUGGCUCUUUAAUUUCUGCUCUGUGGGGCACUUUCCCAGGGGAUGGGGGUGCCUGGGCAUCUGUGGAUUUGGGGCCUCCUCCUCCAGCUUGGGAGACAUGGACCAGCAGCUGGUCUUGGUUCUAGGAGCUUAGAAGCCACAGUGUUGAGGCAUUAGGAAGUUCAAAUCCAGGGGCAUGGCCAAAACCCUGAACCUUGCCCCAAACAGGCCCUGGGGACUUAAACAUUAGAGAAGGUAACCAGGCCAGAGCCAAGGGUUAUUGACUCCUCGGGAGCUGCUGCUUUUGCUCCAUCAUAUUUGUGUUCCCUCUUCCCCCUUUCUAAUGGGUGGUUUUGAGGGUCCCCUGCAACGCACCACCACCUUCCUCUGAGGAAAGGGCCUUAGUUGAGUCAAGAGGAGGACUGAGCCUGGGGUAGGGUGAAGCAAAGGGUUCUGUGCUAGGGGUUGCCAAGUUCCCUAUCUCUACCAACUGCUUUGGCUUCUUUUUAUGUGGAUAUUUAUUAUUAUAAGUGGCCUUGUGUCAGACACACUCAGUUACAUGCACGUGUGCACAUUCAGCUCCCCACUGGACACUCACUGAUGGCCUUUUGGUUGAUGGGGGGAGGGGGGAAGAAGUGAGUGUCCCUAGGUGUGAAGUUUGCAUUGAUGGGGUGCUGGGCAGGCAGGAGAACCAGGAAGGGAGAGCUUAGGACCCUUGGAAGUGCCCUGCCUGCUGGCACUGAGGCGGCCAGCAAAGGUCUUGAAUAGAUUCUCCCUGGAAAUAAAGACUUCUUAGAUGCUCUAAGAAUCCUUCCAGUUCCUUCGUGGUCCUAGAGCCCUCCCAGGGGACUUUCCUUAUUUUCAUUUGACUCCUGGGGUGGGGAAGGUGGAUGGCCUAGGACCAGGUCCCCACUGGGACCUGUGGGAGGACUGUGGUACUCAUCCUACCCAAACUCAGCAAUCCUGCCCCACAGGCUGGCUUCCCCCCUGCCCCUGAAGCCACCUCCAUACUGACACCCUAGCUCCAGGGGGGGCAGCUUUACUGUUAUUGUGACAGUGGGAAGAACAGGUUGGUGCCUGCACAUUCAGAGCACUUUGGUGACACCCCCACCCUCACCCAUCCCCAUGCUCACCUCUCCCAACGUCCUGAGGCCAGUUCCAGAGUUCAAACUUGUGUUGGCCAGUUGCCCUUGGGCCUGCACAAAUACCUCAUCAUCUACCUGCCCUUCCCCAACCCCCCAGCAGUGGGGGCCUCCAAAUCUAGUGCCGAAUGACUAUGUCCAGAUUGGUGACAAUGGGUGUUGUUGCUGUUGUUUUGUUGUUUGUGAACGCUGUGAUGCCGUGUGCCCAAGUGGACAGCCACCUCCCAGCCCUUCCUUGGGCAUCUCCCUUCUGAACUGUUAGGACCACAUCUGUCCUCACCCUGUGGGACCGCCUGGCCCUUCCCUCCCUAGCCCUUCCAGCCUGGGACACACACAUACACACACAUCUUACCUCUCAUGCGUGUUUUACCUUUUGAUGAUGUUCAGAGUGGCUCACUGGCUGGGAGUCUUUACCUCGGGGAGAGGGGGAGGAUGGUUCCUUGGGGGGCCAAAGAAAGGCAGCAAAUGCCUGGAGGGUAGUUGGGUCCCCAUAACCCCUGCUCUCUGGGAACAACUGCUUCUCCCCCCCCAUCCCAGGGUCCCACCCCCAAACCCCAAAGAGGUGGCCCUUGUUUACAGUGAGGACUCGGUCACUGUGUCUCCGUUUCCUGAAAUAUAAACUGUAGCAACCCCAGACUGUAGAGAUUUUUAUGUGUUUGGAUACAUCUGCUGUGUGGGAAAAAACAAAAAACUACAAAAACCCUAAUUUUGUACAUAUUGUAUUUUUACUAUUGAAUUGUAUUCUAGUGGCUGUUCAUGCUCCAAGACUUUAGGUAUUGAGACAUGAAUACUAUCCAUGUAAUAAGCACUUGCCUGGAGUAAAACAUAAAACUGAAAUAAACCUGCACUGAAACCUGA